AUGGGGAGCGCGAACUUCCACGAUAUCGUAGGGAGCGACGCCUUCGCCUUUCGUCCAGCCGGUGAACUGCCGCUCACUGAUGACUGCCGCCACUAUGAAGGAAAGCACGAGGUACCCUGGGACAUACAAAAAUACUUCGCCCAGAGAUACUCCAUUUUUUCGUGGUACGACGAAGGCGUGUGCCUGACCGAUGAUGCCUGGUUUGGCGUGACGCCAGAGCCAGUCGCAAAUGCAAUAGCUGCCGACUUACAAGACUCAGAAUCGUCAAAGACAGUUCUUAUCGACGCCUUUGCGGGCGCCGGUGGCAACACCAUCGCCUUUGCUCUUAGUGGUCGUUGGGAACAUAUCAUUGCCAUCGAGCGUGACGCCUCGACCCUCGCGUGCGCACAAAAUAAUUCGCGCAUUUAUGGUGUUGAUCCCGCUAUGGUAACUUGGGUUCGUGGCGACAGUUUCGAAUAUUUCCGCGCCUUGAUCAACCGGCGGCACACAUUGCACCCAAAACUGAGAGUCGACAUUGCCACGACCGUUGUGUUCGCCAGCCCCCCGUGGGGAGGCCCGGGGUACCGGUCAGACGACGUUUUCGACUUGCGGACUAUGCAGCCGUAUAAUCUCAAGCAGCUUCAUGAUGCCUACAGCCUCAUGGAUCAUGUUCUGUUUCUGCCCCGUACGAGUGACAUUCGGCAAAUUGCCAGGCUUGCUCCCGAGGGCCGCAAGAUUCCGGUAGUGCAGUAUUGCAUGCAGGGUGCAAGCAAGGCAAUGGCUGCCUACAUCCCUGCGACGGCAAACCUCGGACAGGACGGCAAACAGGCGAGCAGUCGGAUCCGACCGGCAUCACGGCCAGAUCACUCAGAGAACGAAUCAAGUCCUUCCGUUGAAAAUUCUACAAGGCCGACUCAGUAG